AUGUCCGGGGUGGUGCGGACCCUCAGCCGCUGCCUGCUGCCGGCCGAGGCCGGAGCCCGCGAGCGCAGGGCCGGCGCGGCGCGCGACGCGGAGCGCGAGGCCCGACGGCGCAGCCGCGACAUCGACGCGCUGCUGGCCCGCGAGCGGCGCGCGGUCAGGCGGCUGGUCAAGAUCCUGCUGCUGGGCGCCGGCGAGAGCGGCAAGUCCACCUUCCUCAAGCAGAUGCGCAUCAUCCACGGCCGCGAGUUCGACCAGAAGGCGCUGCUGGAGUUCCGCGACACCAUCUUCGACAACAUCCUCAAGGGCUCGAGGGUGCUUGUGGACGCGCGUGACAAGCUCGGCAUUCCCUGGCAGCACUCUGAGAACGAGAAGCACGGGAUGUUUCUGAUGGCCUUCGAGAACAAGGCAGGGCUGCCUGUGGAGCCUGCCACCUUCCAGCUCUACGUUCCAGCCCUGAGCGCACUCUGGAGGGACUCCGGGAUCAGGGAAGCCUUCAGCCGCAGGAGUGAAUUCCAGCUGGGUGAAUCAGUGAAGUACUUCCUGGAUAACUUAGACCGGAUUGGCCAGCUGAACUACUUCCCCAGUAAGCAAGACAUCCUGCUGGCCAGAAAGGCCACCAAGGGAAUCGUGGAACAUGACUUCGUUAUAAAGAAAAUCCCAUUUAAGAUGGUGGAUGUGGGCGGCCAGAGGUCACAGCGCCAGAAGUGGUUCCAGUGCUUUGACGGGAUCACAUCAAUCCUGUUCAUGGUGUCCUCGAGCGAGUAUGACCAGGUCCUCAUGGAGGACAGGCGCACCAACCGGCUGGUGGAGUCCAUGAACAUCUUCGAGACCAUUGUCAACAACAAGCUCUUCUUCAACGUUUCCAUCAUCCUCUUCCUCAACAAGAUGGACCUCCUGGUGGAGAAGGUGAAGUCGGUGAGCAUUAAGAAGCACUUCCCGGAUUUCAAGGGGGACCCGCACCGCCUGGAGGACGUCCAGCGCUACCUGGUACAGUGCUUUGACAGGAAGCGUCGGAACCGCAGCAAGCCCCUGUUCCACCACUUCACCACCGCCAUAGACACCGAGAACAUCCGCUUCGUGUUUCAUGCUGUGAAGGACACGAUCCUGCAGGAGAACCUGAAAGAUAUCAUGCUGCAGUGAGAGAGACAGCCCCUCUG